CCCAUUACAGAAAAUAUACAUCAAUCUCAUCCAAAAUGGCCGAAGCAAUCCUGUCCUCGAUCCUAUCCUCUGCAGUAGAAAAUAUAGGUAAAUUGCUUAUUGAAGAAGGAAACUUUCUACAAGGCGUUCGCGAGCAAGUUACACUCCUUCGUGACGAUCUGGAAUGGAUACAAAUGUUCUUAAGAUAUGCAGAUACGAAACAGAUUGCAAGGGACGCUAUACAACAGUGCGUUCCGAAAUUUAGAGCUGUCGCUUAUGAAGCAAGUGAUUUGGUUGAAGAUUAUGCUUGGAGGGUUUCAAUUUCAAGCAACAAAGGCUUCACAAGUACUCUAAAGAGGAUUUCUCGUAUCGCCACAGAAGGUUAUACCCUUCAUGAUUUGGGUUUGGAGAUUCAAAGUCUCAGAACUAGGAUCUCUAAUCUCACCAAAAAUUUUGGCCGGUAUGUAAAUUUAAUUGCCAGAACGGAGGAAGGAGAGUCGAAUGCUCCAUCCAGGCAGCAACAAUUAAGGCAUACUUACUCCUUUGUGGCUGAGGAGGAUGAGGUUGGACUGUGUAAUGAUGUUGACAAGCUGGUUGAACAUUUGCUGAAAGAGGGUGAAAGUACAGGGCGCAAAAUAAGUGUGGCUUCGAUUGUCGGCAUGGGAGGUAUAGGCAAAACCACUCUUGCUAGAAAGGUAUAUCACCAUGAGAAAUUGAAGCAGUAUAUUAAAGGUUUUGCGUGGGUUUGUGUAUCACAACGGUGGCAAACAAAAGAUCUCUUGCAAGGCAUUCUACUCGAGCUUACUCCUGAAAACAGCGAACAGGUAAUGAAGAGCGAACAAGUUGGGCUAGCAAAGCUGCUUCGAGAGCACUUGGGAGCUAGGAGAUGUUUGAUAGUCCUCGACGACAUUUGGUCAACAGAUGCUUGGGAUAGCCUAAAAUAUGCAAUCCCAGAUUCGGAGCAUGGAACCAAAAUUUUGCUCACAACUCGUAACAGAGACGUGGCGGUACAUGUUGAUCCAAUUGGUUAUCGCCAUGAACUCCGCUUUUUGACUGAGGACGAAAGUUGGGAGUUGCUACGAAAGAAAUCAUUGAGGGAGAGCAGUGGUGAAGGUUAUGAAGAUUUGGACAAGAUGGUAGAGUUAGGAAAGGAAAUGUUGAAUAAUUGUGGUGGUCUUCCAUUGGCCGUGGUGGUUCUAGGUGGAAUUCUUAGAACUAAAAAAACUUUCAGGGAAUGGAAUGAAGUGCAUAAGAAUAUCAAAUCUUAUCUGGAUAAAGGAGAAAAAAUUGGAAAAGAAGGAGACGUGCCCAAGGUUUUAGCUUACAGUUAUUAUGACCUCCCUUGGCAACUAAAACCAUGCUUCCUUCACUUGGGUAAAUUCAGGGAAGAUUCCAACAUUAAAGCAGAGAGUUUAUAUCAGAUGUGGAUAGGAGAAGGUAUGAUAUUUGAGAAUGAUAGAAGGGAGCAAGAAACAAUGAUGGAUGUUGCAGAGCGUUACUUGAAAGAAUUAGCAAUAAGAUGCAUGGUUGAAAUUAAAGCAUAUGAGGAGGGGAAGCAUGCAGUAACAGAGUUGGAGUCAUGUCGGCUUCAUGAUUUUAUGAGAGAUCUAUGCUUAGCCAAGGCAAAAGAGGAGAAUUUGUAUAAGCUGGUCGAUCGAAGUCCUUCACGAGAUUCUUCUCUUACAACUGAAGCACAAUAUGGUUUAGUCCUUCAUUUGCUUCCAGAGGAUAUCUCUCAAUACAACUUUCCGCCAAAAGAACAAACUAAACAUCUUCGCUCAUUCUUGUGUGACUCGUUGGUAGGCGAACAGCACUAUUCUAAUCAAGGGGUGAGAAUAAUGUCCCAAUUCAAGAAUUUGAAGAUGCUUAGAGUUUUGGCAAUUUUAUCCUUCCAAAUGGGUUCCCAAAGUUGUUAUCUCAAAUCACCUCUAGGAUGUGUUGGUAAUCUUAUCCAUUUGAGAUGUUUGAAAUUGAAGUGUCAUCGUAUAAACUUGCCAUAUUCCCUGGGCAAUUUAAAAUACUUGGAAACUCUCGAUUUAUCUGAUAGUCAUCGUUGUAGAAUACCGAACGUCCUAUGGAAAUUGAAACGUUUGAGAUAUCUUUAUCUUCCUGACUGGUGGUGGGACCCUCAGCUUAAGUGGUGCCCUCAGCCUAAGCUGCGGUUGAGCAAGCAGCUGGAGAUACUUGAAUCAUCCAUAACAGGUUUUGCUAUCAUGAAGAUGUAUGCAAAUCAUAAAAACCUUGAGGACUUGGCACGCAUCAUCAAUCACAUAUCAGACUUGGACUGCUUGGCUAUGAAAAUUUGCUCACUUAGGAUCGUUGACUGUGAUUUUGGCUGGACCAACUCCAACAAUUCGAAUGACAACAACAGGGGUUUGGAUGUUCUUUCAAGGGUGUUGUUUAGUAGGAAUAUUCAUGAAUUAGCGAUCAGAUAUACUUUCUGGAAGAAGUUACCGGAUUACCAAUUCCAUAUGUUUCCUGACCUUACUGAAUUAAAGCUGUUGUGGACUAAAAUUGAGGAAGACCCAAUGGGAACACUCGAGAAGCUUCCUAACCUAAGAAAACUGGAACUUGGGCAAAAUUCUUUUGUGGGCCAAGAAAUGAUCUGCCACUCGAUGGGAUUUUCCAAACUAAAACGUCUCGCGCUUCAUGGUUUGGGUAACUGGAAGGAGUGGAAAGUGGAUGAGGGAGCCAUGCCCAAGCUCUCAAGUUUAUGGAUUGCGGACUGUCAAAAAUUGAAAAUGAUUCCAGAUGGAUUGAGAUAUGUAACCACCCUAAAAGAGGUAUCUCUUUUUAGAAUGCCGGCAGAAUUCAGCAACAGAGUUACGAGAGAGAAUGGUCAACAUGGAGAAGAUUUUGAUAAAAUAAGUCAUGUGCGAUCAGUUAAUAUCUACGGUGGAUGGAGAAGUUGAUCAACCCUCAGCUUCAAGUGAUCCUCUAGUUGCCUAAUUAUAAUUAUACCAGUAUUUUUAUUUGCAGGAUUGCUACAUUUGGGUUGAGCCCUUUUUUUUG